CUCAACAGCUCAGUCUCAUUGUGAUGCUGCUCUUUGGCUGCCUGGCUGCCAACGCUCAGCGCUGUCAGGACUAUCAGGAUACACAGCAGCAGACGUUGCACUGCGGCGGACGAGCUCUGUGUGCCACAAACGGCCAUUGCUAUCGCCGUUUCAGCAACAUUUGUUGCCUCGAGGCACACAAUUUGCAGCGCAUGUUUGCAGGCCAAAAUGAAUUUAUCGUCGUGGAUAUGCAACACUGUUUGCCAGCGUCGACGUGGUACGACUACAGCAUACCCUAUAGUCCGCCACGUUUUGUGAACUAUGGCUAUGAAUCGCAAUAUGAUUAUGCCGCUCCUCCACAACGUCAGCCGCAGUUGUACAAUCCCUAUAGAUACCACAGUCAGCAGAUCUUUUCGCAGUCAAAUAGAGCGGGCGUUGCUCACGCCUGGAAUCCUUAUGCAGCGGCUGCCUCGCAAUACGCCACAGGCCAAACGUCUGCGCCCAGUUAUUAUGUUCAAUUGCUCACCUCAACACCGAGCACAGCGUACACAACACCUUCCACAACACCUUCCACAACAGCUGAAACAACACCUUCCACAACUACUACUACGAACCCUGUCACAGCUUCCUCUACAACAGAGUCUACAACGCCUUCCACAACAGCUGCCACGACGCCGUCAACAACGCCUUCAACAACACCUUCGACAACACCUUUCACAACACCUUCAACAACGCCUUCAAUAACGCCUUCAACAACGUCUUCAACAACGCCUUCAACAACGCCUUCCACAACGCCUUCAACAACGCCUUCAACAACGCCUUUCACUAUAAUAUUCCCAACUAUUCCUCAUUUGUUUGAAGCUAAGGUUGCAGUGGUUGCCGAAGACAUCGAGAAGGGCGAUGCAGCUAUCGAUUCUGUUGCAGAUGAAAUCGAAUCUGAUGCGGCAUCACUUGGCAAAAAAAGGCCAACUACACCGAAAACAACGACUACAUUAAAAACGACUACUCCUAAGACAACAAGAGCUACUUGUGAACAUACAUCUACAAAAACUUCCACUACGCCAUCCACAACAGAACCCACGACACCUUCCACAACUCCUUCCACAACUCCUUUCACAACUCCAUUCACAACUCCAUCCACUACACCUGCCACAACACCUUCCACAACCCAAUCAACGACACCAUCCACAACACCUUCCACAACACACUCUACAACACCAUCCACAACACCCUCCACAACACCUUCCACAACUUUCACUACGCCAUCAACAACAGCACCCACGAAACCUUCCACAACUCCAUUCACAACACCCUCCACAACACCUUCCACAACACCCGCUACAACACCUUCAACAACACCUUCAACAACACCUUCCACAACACCUUCCACAACACCUUCCACAACACCUUCCACAACGCCUUCGACAACACCUUUCACAACACCUUCAACAACGCCUUCAAAACCACCUUCCACAACACCUUCCACAACACCCUCUACAACACCUUCAACAACAAUUUCAACAACACCUUCAACAACAACGUCUACAACACCAUCAACACCUUCGACAACACCUUCGAUAACACCUUUAACAACACCUUCAACAACACCUUCCACAACACCUUCCACAACACCUUCCACAACACCUUCCACAACAAUUUCAACAACACCUUCCACAACACCUUCUACAACACCUUCAACAACAUCGACUACAACACCAUCAACCACCGCUUCAACAACAACACCAUCCACUCCAGCACCAACUGAUGCCAAUAUUCUAGCGACCAUGGUCAUUACAAGCUUCGACGGUCAGGUGUUGAGACUAUCGCUGACAAAGCAAGUGAUCGAUCCCAUCAACGGCAACAAGACAUGUGUGGUGACAACAACACUGCUGAUAACAACCAAGGAGUGUCCAACGCCACAGCUGCUUACUGGCUGCCUGAUGAGCACCUCAACAAGUGCCACAACAACGACAACGACAAGAACACCACCAUCAGCAACAUCAAGACGUUCCACUUCCUCUUCUCCAGUGACUUAUCCAACUCGGGCGAACCCCGUAAUUGAAACAGCGUAUAGAACACCUAUACAUAAACCUUAUAGCUAUCAUUAUGGCUAUGCCUAUGGCACCAACUAUGGUCUUGACACUCCCUCUAGUUCCGCUUCCCGUUCCUAUCCCAAGCGACGAUGCAUAUGCUUCGGUUUCGGCUUCGGCUUCCGCCUCGGCUGCGGCUUCUGCUUCGGUGGCUUCCCCCUUUGGCUGGUCGCAUUAUUACAGCCGUCGCUAACCUACCGCAAUAAUAUAUACAUAUAUCAUACUAUACUAUAAAUAUUCUAC